CGCUUCCUGUCGCGCAUGCGCUCUGGCCUUCUGCGCUUGUCAUCAUGGCGGCGCGGGGCCAUGUGCAGGAUCCGAACGACAGGAGGCUCAGGCCGAUCUACGGUGAGUCCCCGGGCUGCGGGGACCGGGUCUAGGGAAGGAGGCUGCCUGCGGGACUGGGAGCCACACAGUGUCUGUAAAAAUAGGGCAGCGGGUGUGAGAGGGCGGCCAGGGGGUGACAGGAGGAGCUGGGCCUGGACCCGGGCCGCCCGGUGCCGGGAUGAAUGGCGCGGCCGGUACACGUGGGGUCCGGGGAGAGGGGCAGCAUGUGGGAGCUCCCUGGGUGGACGGAGAGCCUCAGUCUGCAUGCCGGGGUCACUGGUGGGUUCAGACACUGCCAGGGCUAUUUACUAAGCUCCGAAAUGUAGCGAGUUAUAGCAAGCAUGGCGAUAUCUAUAGACUAACUGUGACUGGAUCUGAACGGCAUAAUGAUUCCACAUCAGACAUCUUAUCCCCAAAUGUAACCAUUGGGAUUGCAAUUCGCUGCUCACUGAGUGCAUGUCCUGACAGUACCUACCUGCAUACUGACAUACAGGAGCUCCCUCCUCUGUACCAGGUAACCAUGUGUAUUAACACCCUCUGCAUGAUGGGGCUGAGAUAUGAAACUUUAGAAAUCUUGGACAGUAGUGUAACCCCAUAUAGAUACAUCGCGUGCUGUGCAGUGUAUAUAUAUAUAGUGAUAUUGUCUGUCAAAGAUGCAUGGGAAACACCAUGGCACCCACCCACCCUGUCAGUAAUUUUGAUUGCUCUAUAAUGUUUUAUCCGGUCUAGUAAAGCCUCCCGUUUAUAUAUGAUACAGAUUUGUCCUCAAGUGCCCCCAAACGUGCUUGCUGUCACUGAAUCUGGGCAGUUUUUAUUUGAUAGAUUCUGUCAGAACUUGGUCUAAUAAUCUCUAUGGUGACUGCAUUCUAUGGAACCUUGCUCCAGAAUAAAUCAUGAAUAUUUAAUUUGUCCAUACCUUGUGUCAGAUGUAUGGUUAACACUGCUGUAUAAACUUGUGUGGCUUACCCUUUUUAUUUAUUUUUAUUUUUUUUCUGUAGUUUCUAAUAGCUUUUUUAAAUGGUAUCCAUGCAUAAUAUAGAUAAUUGGCCCCUAUGGGAUAGUGGUGUGUAUUUUUAGAGUAUAUACAAGUAGACAUUUUUAUUAUUAGAAUUAUACUAAAUCAUUACACUGUAGAGUCUUGUGUUAUCUGUUUAAUAAUUUCAUUUUAGCCAUGAUUCCGUCCCCAGCAUAUGGUUCUGCCCUUCAACAUACUAAUUUUGCCUACCUAAUAAACAUUCAUCCACCGUUCAUUCCACAACUGCAUCAUAUCAAAGUUGUCUGGAGAUUGCAUAAUUAUUCUAGUAUACACCUUGCAUAUCUGUGUUUUUAAAAAUAUUUGAUGGCUAACUUAAAAUUGUGGGUUCUCCAGUUUCUCUGUGAAAAUUUGAUGUAGUCCCUGUCAAGCACAGCUCCUAAAUGCAACAUUUUGCUAUUUUAUUUUUAUUCUAAGCUCUAUUCUUUGUAACACUGUAAUUUAUCAUGUCCUCAAUGUUGUGACUUUAAAAAGCGCACUUACUGUAAUUACAAUGAAAUAUGUUAAGUAUAUAUACAGUACUAUUUUAUGGAGUGAUUUUAUAAUCUAUUACAGGUAUGUUUCUCAUUGAUCUAGUUUUAACUGCUGUAGAAAACACUACUCUUGCAAUCUGAAUAUUACCAUCAUUCUAGUCCAAACGUCUGCAGAGCUCUGCAAUUGUACAGUGGGUUUAAUAACAAGUAAUUGACAAACAUAAAGUGAGUUGUAUAUUAUAUGGCUUCUGCAAGAUCUAUCCUCACCUAGGAGUUAAUAGAGCUGAAAAAUGAGAAUAAUCAAAUCCACUCGAUUCUAUAUCUCUGUAAUAAUGGAUAACCAAGACAAACCUUCCAGUCUGAUGUGUAACCAUGAUGCCCUGACAGCUACAGUCACUCCUAUUGCUCCUAGAAUGACCGCUGAGCAUUAUGGACUUGUAAUUCCAGUUUCAAUAGAUCAUUUAAAAAAAUAAAAAAAAAAAGAGCCGUCACUCAUAUUUAGCCAUUGAUUUAAACAAACUUUAGUUUCUUAGAAAAUCCAAUUAGAACUUGCCUUAUUAAGCAUACCAUUCCUAAGGACAGAAAGCGUGCCUAAUAUGGGUGUGAGCAGUUGCCUCUCAUGGGUGCAGAGUUACCCUUUGCCUCGCAUUUGUCUCAAGGUUGGGAUCUUGCAUGUGUUCUGCUGACAUCUGCACAGUUCAAAUUUGAUUUCUAGUAGCUCCAUGCUAAUGUAUCUGUUCCUUCUAUUUGGAUCUGCAUUAUCACUGCAUUGCUGCAAAAGUAAUGCACAUAAAACUGAUGUAAGCAUUCACUCAGAGUGAGAUGAGAAUUGCAGUGGUCCUGCACCAGUAAUGCUUGGCCUAAUGGCUGAAUGGAUUGGCUUCCUCUAUAGAGCAAGGCAUUCUGUAUCUGUACAUAGUAUGGACUGCAGAAGCGACCUUCAUGCAGUUUGGGGCUAUGUUACUGGUCUUGGACAGGUCUUCCAUGUUUGCACUACUCUUCAGAACAGACCCUUCUUGUACCCAACACAUCUUACAACUGUGGCACCUUCUUGGGUCAAGCCAUUGUGUCAAAGAUGGAAUGCUGGGAAUCUUUAGCAAUGGUGGAAUCUCUGAUCUUCUUUUUCUGUAUUUGGGCUUAAUGGAAAGUAGAUCUAUUUUAAGUAUAUGUUAGAAAAUGCUGAUAACGAAUUUCCGUUUCAAGCACACACUGUGAUUUUUAUCAGCGUUAAAAGCUUGUUUAAAUGCAUUACACUGCAUGCCUGAUUGUAAUAAAAUCUCCAAAUAAAGCACUUUCACAGUUUCUACUGUUUUGUAAGUAAGCAGUGCUUGCAGUUUAUGGCUCAGAGCCAUUUACUAUGUAGAGUAUGCAAUAGGUGCAGUGUAAAUCAUGCCUACUCGAUGGCUGUGUGCCAGCAAUGUUCUCAGUUGCAGAUUCCAUUAGCCCUGGUAUUUGCUUCAGAUUUGACAGCCCCUAUAUAAGCCAGAUGGACACGGGCACUGUUGAACACUUGUUACAUGUGGGGUUUUUUUUAUACGCAAUGUAAUGGUCUCACACUCUGGUCAUGUAUGUCCAGCCUAUGGAAGUGAUUUUUGGACCUCCCCAAUAACUUUACAGUAUGUUACCCUAUGUUUUCCUUGGAAUCGAGGUAGGCCUUUUUUAACUGAGAACCAAAUUGCAAAAAUAUUUGAACGGGAAAAAACUUUCUAACUCUGCUAUUGUCACAGCUUGUUUUUAAUGAAUAAACACCUACAACUCUUUCUACUGAUCUCUGCAAAAAAGAAGCCCCAUAAUCAAUUAACCUAAAGAUGUAUACAAUGAAAAUUGAUGCCUUUUAGUGACAAGACUAGUCCACGUUGAUUAGUUUAGAAAAGCUAAUCAUUGCACUUUACAUUUUAUUACCCGGUUAAUAAUACCAACAUUAGUUUAAUGUAGCUUCCAAUUAAAUGGUAAACCGUUUUUCUAAUGUUAGAAAUGCAAACAUGUAUUUGUAACAUUAGUUAUUUCUUGCAGGUUCAGAUUUCUGGGCCCCACUAAGCAACAGCCUCCUGAGUGUCCUUGGGGACAAAUGUAAACCCUGCCUUUUCAAAGAAAAGGCAGUGUUUACAGGUAAGACUGCCGGGACUAGGAGUGUAUUAACCCGGGGUAGACUGUCCCUGGUGACAGAUGGCACGAGGGUGCAUGCUUUGUCACUGUUUUGUGGCUGUGGAGCCAGGUGCCACAGGAGCUGCUGGGAUCUCUGUGCCCAGUGUUUUCAGCCUCAUCAUCCAUCCUGUACUGAUGCUGGGAUCUGACAUGCAGGGAGUGGGCAAUUAAUAUAGAGGGAUUGAAACUGCAAACAACUGGACCCCUGGGGUGAGAUUCAACUUCAGCCUCUUACAAGAUCAGAAAAGACAGGCAUAAUGGACCUGAAGGGAAUGUGUGUUUGUGUAUAUGUAUGUCGGGGCGGGGAGCAGAUUGAGGGGGAGGACAAAAUAACUUACGCCCAAGGUGACAUGUAACCUAAGUCUGCCUCUGACAGGUGUGGUCUCUGUGCACGAAAACCACUACAUGGAUUUUUUUUAACCCUCUCUGUAACUUCCAAUUUCUAGAGGGGGAAAAAAAAAUACGGGUUCACGAUUGUUGAAGACCUUACUGCUAAAAUUAUACUGAACAGGCAAAAAAGCCACAGUAAUAUGUUAUAUACAGGUGGUUGAAUCUUUCCAUUUGAUAAUGAAAGAACCACCUCUUCUGACAAAAGCAACCAUCUGUGCACUUCUCUUACAAAUCUGCCUUGGGUUUUGUCGUGGGGUUUUUUUUUUUUUUUUUAAUUAUUAUAAUUUAAAAUCCUUAUUCUGUAGUUUACAAAACUGCAGGCUUUAUUACUAAAAAUGGGGCAUCAAUGGACAGGACUAAUCAUAGAACACACUUUAUCCUUUUAAAGGGGCACUAACUAUUACAGCUUAUUACAGGGGGUUUUGGUGUGAGGAGUUAAUUGAAUGUGCAUGGCCUUUCUUGGCUCUGUCAAGCGAACAGGGUUCUCCUGGAACUAGCUACGUUGAUAAACUGUAAUAAAAUAUUUAUCCAUUCGCUAUGGGUUGUCGCCAGUGCAUCAUAACCAUUGGGCUUGGAGUGUUCCUUUAGGAAUAUAGUAGAUUUUAUUCAUUCUGGCACCUAGACAUAACAGGCAAGCUACCAAAACGUCAACUAAAGGUUUCUAUUUUUUUGGUUUUUGUUUUGUUUCAAAAAUAAAAGUGAACCAACAUUCUCUUGUUUAAACUACAGAUUAUCUUGACAAUGGAAACAACAAGAUGGCUAUUCAACAGGCAGAAAAACUGCUUAAGAAGCAUAAAGAUCUCCAUUGUGCCAAGGUAAUAUAUAUAUAAUUUAUUUUUUAUUCUCUCUUUUAUUGAGUGGUUAAUGCAUCAUAUACGUGAGACGACUAUGGCACGUAUACAUAUGAAUCGUAUGCGUUAGUAUUCAGUUUGCCAGUGGUGCAAGAUAAACAUAAAAUUACAGGGUAGUUCGGGGGCCGAGCGUGAGUGUGGAGCUAAGACGUGUGCAGCACAAGCUCCCAUCCGAAUCUCUAUUCUCUGUGAAAUUAAUCUGGUUCUCAAGCUACACUAUUCCCCAAACUGCAACACCCACGUACGGGAUGCAAGAGUGACUUGAUCGAGACUCACGAGUUACUGAGCCACCGGGAACCCGAGACUCAUUGCCAAGGACUACUGGUGAAGGAGCAGGGGAGAGGCAGCCGCUCUUCUCACUCCUAUGCUCAAUGUGAAGCAUUGCCGACCUCCUGGACCGGUGGGGGUUAUCCUGGUCCCCACUGGACCACCACUGACUGCCUAAUCUGUACCUAAAACUAGUCCCACGAUACCACAGGGGCUAACCUCGUUGGCACAAAAUGGCGGGUGAUUGUCCUCUGAGCUUCCAAGCAGCCUACCUCGGCAACCCUGAUCUCAGCCUAUGGCACCUGGAAGAAAUAUUCCAGUGCUUCUUUGAGCGGAUAAAAGCACGUGAGAAUGCAAAACUCAUCAGGUCUCGGGAGGAGACUAAAUGAAGCGAGAAGGGGAGAGUGGUGAAGCCCCAUCCGGUUAACAGGCUCUCUGACCACUAAGCGACUGCCCAUUGACAGGCCUGGUCCAAGAGCCACAAAUAGCCUCACGGCUCUGCAGUGCGUUCGGAAGCAGAGACCUAAUCGAUACAGGCGCAAGUCUCUUCCUGGUCCGCCAUGCAGCCCGAGAGAGGGAAGUUGCAAAUAUUUAGAAGCCCCUGUACCCCAAAAGAGAAGUCUGCCCUUGAGUGUGUCUGGAGGGGAAGAAGUAAACCACAACAGCCUCUCUAUAUGCAUGCAAUGGACUGCUUGGUAAAAUUUCAGCACUUCCCACUGGCAGGCAUGGACUGAACAUGGACUUACCUCCCUCAGGAAAAGUCAAGCCUCAGUUACCGAAUCCACCUGACACCUGUUGAUGCCAGUUAACCUGUAUACGCAUAUGAUUUAUGUGUUUUCGCUCUUCAUCUACACACUCACUCACUCACUCUCGCUAUGCUUUCACUCACUCUCACUACCAUAAGCACCUUACACACCUCGGCUUUAUCGUGACGAUGUUGGUGCCAGUGGAAAAUUCUUAAUGGCAAAUGUGUUUUACUCCGUUCCAUGUUUUUCAUCAGAGUGCCAAUUUAUAACAAACCUGGCUGAACUACUCUAUGCUGUCAGUUCUGCACAAUCCGAUACUAAUCUUCGCAUGCCUAGCCUGCUCUGAAACUUAAGCGUUUCCACCACUAUUUAGUUCUCUUAAAUUGACUCACAUUACUGUCAGGCAGCUUACCCACCACCUAUGUUAUUUCUAUCUCCUGACGUACUCUGUUCCAACAAGUUUAUUAUUUAAAAAAAAAAAAAAUGUAUGCCAAGAUAUUACCUUUGUUGAUAUGCCUAUAUGUGCUGCUGUGGCACUUCAAACAUGUUUGUAAAUAGUUUGCACAGAAAAAUUAUAGCAAAGUUCACUUAUUUUAGAGUUAAAAGGCUAAUCUCAGUAGAGCCUCUAAAGCAUUUUCAAUCCAGUUAACCACUCAUUCUUUGUAUAGUACAUGAAUAAUUGCAGGUAAGUUGGCAUUCGUACCACAAAGAAAUAAGAAAUUAAUAAAAUCAAGCAUUAUCAAGCUAAAUAUUGCAUGCAUAAAAUUUUUAUGAUGUUCUGCAGAGGUGUGAUGACUAUAGUCCUGCUGGGGCUGUGCUAAAGGACACCAUCUAGUUUGUAGUUGCUGCUGUCUAACAGCCUAGUGUGAAGGCUGUGCAGCUUGAUUCAAGGCAUGUAAGCCUCCAGUGUGAUUCAUAACAAUGAGUAUGUGCCUUAGGAAUGUAGUAAAUGGUGGAGAGCAAUACUUGGUGCCUCCAUUACUCGAAUUACCCCAAACCUAUGGGGACAGCGGGGAGGGGGGGAGGGGUUGGGUAUCAGGAUUAUGGGAGUUCUCUGUGUGCUUCCAUUCUACUUCUAAACUCUCAAGAAAACAUACUGAUUUGAAACUAUAAACUAGAUUUUAAACAUAAACUACACCCAUUCCGUGGGAUACCACUUUUGUGUGGUAUUUGUAACCGUGACGCCAACUAUGUUUAAGUGCACUAAGUUAGUGCCUCUAGUUCAGGGUCUAAAUUACUGAGUCCUGGCCCCUGGAUGGUACAAAGCGUGUUACAUUGGAGACAUCCCACCGAUGAGUGGUCUGUGUUCUCGCUGGAGCUUCUGCCCCCCCCCCCCUUCCUCUAAUAGGUCAAGUGCUGCAAGGAAAGCUGGGGCGUCUGGUGGAGAUGCUGCUGUGUAUGUGCUCCACACUCUGGAUGCAGGAUAUGCAGACCAGUGAUAUGCCACUCCAGCUUCUUGCAGCUUCUUUGUUAUUGGCUGCAUAGCCUUUCUCCAUAAGUGUAGACCUUUUGAAAGAAAGUGAGAUGGUGAGCUUCGAAGUCCAGAGGGGCCUUGUCCUGAAGAGCUUUCAUGAGACUUUGCUUGUCUGCAAAGGAUUAACGUUAAAGUAUGUCUCUUGACAAGCUCUUGUGGCACGAGGAGACCUGUUAACCCUAAAGGCUCCAUCUAAUAGGAGUAGUUUAGCCUGUUUGGCAGGUAGUACUGUGGAUAUCAGCUGUCUGAGGAAGUGUGGCAAUUCCUCUGGACACUGCAUCAGAUACUCAACUGAUUUUUGAUGUUUUGUCGCCGACUCCUUUUAUCCAGAGUGUCCACUCUGUGGGUCAGAAAGGAGUGUUGAACAGUGUCUCCCAGGGCUGCCAAGCCUUGCUUGAGAACAUUUACAUCUUCCUCAGUGGCCUGGAUGUGGUCUGUGACUGCUUGGACCUCCGUUUUGUGGGUUAGCAAAAUCACCCCGAAUGUGUUUUUAUUUUUAUUUAUUUUUUUUCCUACUUUUUUCCCCUUUUCUUCUUUAUUCAGCCUAUGAAAUACUGCAAUAGCGUAUAUGGAGUUGAGUGAAUGAUGAACCUCGGGCCUGGAAAAACAUAAAGGGGCGCUGUAGGCACCCAGGCCACUAAAGCUCAUUGAGUCAGGAACACUGCACCCAGAUCUCUUCAAUUAAUCCUGCAAUGUAAAUAUUUGUAGUUUCAGGACGUUGUGGAAUUUGUUGUGGCUUUCUAAAUGGUAAUAAUUGCCUUGCAUGACUAAGACUGCCUCUAGUGGCAAUCAGACAGCCGUUAGAGGCACUUCCUGCUUGCCAAUGGACUUUUGACAGCCUAACUGAUGCUGGAUGUCCUCAUGCCCUGCAUGAGGACAUGCAGUGUCAGAGGAGAAAUCCCAGUAGGAAAGCAUUGCACCGGUCACCUGUCUGGUAACUUGAGAGGCAAAAGGUGUUGGUGUUUGUGUUUUUUUUUUUUUUUUUUUCUCUUUCAAUGAUGGUGGGGUUAGAGGGAAGUAUAGUGUAAGGAAUACAGAUUUGUAUUGCUUACGCUAUAGUAUCCCAUCAUUUAUUUUCUUGUUUCUAGCUGAAGAGUUCUUUCUCUGUAAUCUAAUCUCCGUCAAAUGAUCUGUUGGUCCUCCCCAACUACGUGAUUUAAUAUCCAGAUUUAGAAUAGUUAUGGCUCCCCUGCCACUGCAGCCCUGUGUUAAAUGUAUUUUCAUCCACUGCAGUUCUAUUUUUAAUGGCCACACUUUUAUUCUGGUAUUUAUUAAUGGUCACCUGGAUUGAGGUGUGAUUUAAUGAACAAUCUAACUGGCAUGGUCUGUGUAUGCAAUUUAGUGUGUGUGUGUGUACACACACAUGGAAUUCUUGGAAGAGCUUUGGUGUGUCUUGGGUGAGAAAAGGUUGAGAUGCACUGGGUACACCAAUGGAUAGCAGAAAUAAUUAAAGGAUCACUAUAGGGUCAGGAACACAAACCUGUAUUCCUGACCCUAUAAUGUUAAAACCACCAUCUAGCCCUCCUCUUGCCCCUCUCCCCCAAUGGCAGUGCUGCACACUAGGCAGGACUGCUCCAGGAAGCACCUUUAGUAGCCAUUUAAAGAGUGGCCAGUGAAGUUAUCACUAGGCUGUAAUGUAAACACUGCAUUUUCUCUGAAAAGACAGUGUUUACACCAAAAAGCCUGAAGGGAAUGAUUCUACUCACCAGAACAAAUUCAAUAAGCUGUAGUUGUUCUGGUGACUAUAGUGUCUCUUUAACUUUGAACCAUUAUAAUGGAUAGAAAUAAAUGCCCAGCCGUAUAGAUCUAGGGGGAGGGAGAAAAAACAAAUCAAAACACUUGAUUAAUUUAAUAUUAGAUUUAACCCCUUAAGGACCGCGGACAUAACAUACGUCCUAGGGGAAUUAGAGCGCUUCCAGCAGCUUUAAUGGUAUUGCAGCUAAGCCUCGAUGUUGAGGCAUCGCGGAAAUAACCCUCUCACUGCCGGUGGCCCCUGGAGAACACACAUACACCUACAUAUAUUAUUAAAAAUACACUUAAGCAUAAAAUUGUGUGUGUGUGUGUGUGUAUGUAUGUGUGUGUGUGUGUGUGUAUAUAUAUAUAUAUAUAUAUAUAUAUAUAUAUAUAUAUAUAUAUAUGUAUGUGUGUGUAUAUAUAUAUAUAUAUUUUAUGAUAGAUAUCUCUAUCUCUCCCCUUAACGAUGUUUGGUAAGUGGUUAUCCCUAAAAUUUGUAUUUAAACUUGUAAUUUCCACUAUAUAUUUGAUCUUGAAAAAGACCCUGAGGGGUCGAAACGUUGAUCGGGACAUUUAUAUUUUGAUAAGUCAUUGAAUAACUAUCACUUGUAUUAAGACCUACGAGUGCACCUCUCUACUCAUUGGAGAUAGAUAUAUAUGAAGAUAUAUUGCUUAUUAGUCAUCACUACAAUAAAAAAUUUUUUUUUUAAAUUAUAUAUACACCUUGCCAAUGAAAACCGAUGACUAAACUAUUCAAAUUAUGCCUUAAAUUAACUGUAAAUCCAUUUCGUGCCCUCUUGCAUAAAGCAAGACUGCUGUAUUUGUUUACACGUGAUUUGCAAAACAGACUCUUGUGUCCCGCAGGUGCUUAAGGCUAUUGGAUUGCAGAGGACUGGGAGACAGGAGGAAGCAUUUGUACUUGCACAGGAGGUAGCAGCCUUGGAGCCUACUGAUGAUAACUCCUUGCAAGCACUUACCAUCCUAUAUCGGGAAAUGCACAGACGUAAGCAUAUACUGCAUGCUACAGACUGCGUGCAUGUUCUGGUCCAUUCUGCAUAUCACACCUUCAAAGUGUCCCUGUGUAGCUCCAGUGUCUUUCUGUUCCUCUUCGUUACCCCUUUUUCUAGGGACUAGGGCUUUACAGCAAAACAAAAAACUUGCAAUAAUGCAAAUUUAUGCCAUAAUAAACCUAUUUAGUUUGUGAAAAUACUUUUAUUUUAUAGCAUCUUGACUUAAAUGGAUAUUAGAAGCUCUUGAAAUGGGUCCGGAUUCAAUCUAAAACUUGGUCUUGGUCAUUUGAAAAUGUUGGGAAUUUUGUCCAUAAAGUAGACUACCACUCACUCCUAUGGCAUUUUAUUUGGUGUUUUCCCCUUUCUGUUUAGUAUUUACUUUUUUAUUUUAAUUUAAUUUUGUUCUUUUCUAGCGGAGUUGGUAACUAAACUAUAUGAAGCGGCUGUGAAGAAAGUACCCAAUAGUGAGGAAUAUCAUUCUCAUCUCUUCAUGGCGUAUGCCAGAGUGGGUGAAUACAAGAAAAUGCAGCAGGUAUGUAAAUAUAGGUAAAAGAAAGGGGGUGUACAGCGCUAAAUAUUCCCCAACCAGUGAACUGUGUUCCAAAUAACUCAAGAAGCUGCUAUCACACCAAGUUCUUAUCUUACAAGAAUAGGAACCCAAAAACUCUUGUGGUGUAGCGCUAUAUUCAAAUAGAAGGGUAGUGAUAGAAAACUUGGUAUAUACCAAUACUACCUUGAAUAUUCUUUGUCUUUAUAUUUACAUAAGAGUAUAAAUUCUACAAGACAUAAAAAACAGACAAACCAAACAUAGUGUAAACUGUAUAAUAAAGUCCGUUAUAGAGAAUUAGGAAGGGAAAAUUUCCCACUCACAAUUUUGGGAGCUAAUAUGAAAUAGCUCAAUAUCUGCGCUCUUGGGGUCCGUAAAGGCGACCCUCACCCUUCUUGUGUAUAGAUCUCCUUGAUUUCCUAUAGAAGUAGAAACCGUAUAUGGUGCAGUAUCGUAAUAAUUUUCAAUGUGAGAUAAAUAUAAAAUGUAAUACUCACAAAAUUAGAGCCAUCCAGAUCGGCUCUAAUCCACACACUUGUGUAGUUAAGGACUACACACCUUCUUUUAAAAAAUGAAUAAAAAGUAGCAGGGAAAUGCCAAUAUAUAAUAUAAAAGAUUAGUAAUUUUAUUGUAACGGUAAUUGUAUAAAAAAAAAAAUAUAUAUAUAUAUAUAUAUAUAUAUAUAUAUAUAUAUAUAUGUAUAUAUAUAUAUAUAUAUAUUUUAAACAAUAUCAAAUUGGCAUAAAAUCCAAAGUCUCACAGUCUCUCCAGUACGCGUUUCGCCUUACAGGCUUCCUCAGCUGGAUGUGGUGAUUCAAACUUCCCAUGGAUCCUCCCUGCUAUAUGUACCCCUCUCAGGGGUGAGAUAAUUAGUGUCCAGGCUUGUAUUUUCGCGGGCAAUCACCAUAGAAAUGGUGACGCCCUGCGUUUCAAGCCUUUUUUCUGUUUAUUUCCGGGUUUUCUGUUCCGUCGCGUCAUUUCCGGUUUCGCCGAUACGUCACUUCCAUGCGUUCCACCAUGCGGUUCACUAUGCGUUCCACCACGCGGUUCACCAUUUAUUUCUCCAGGAUUUCCGGGUCGGCGGUUUUUGAGGGGAAAUAUAAGUUUAAAUGAGUUUAACAUAUAUGUGGAAUUGGCAAGCUUUCUUUAUCCAACAUAUACAAGCCUUAUAUUUGUACAUUCAAACCCUUAAUAAUUAAAUUCCAUUCUAUAGUUUUUUUUCCUUCUAUUCCUAUUUCUUAUAUAAGUGUGUUAAUACAAGAUGACCAUUUUACAGGCAUAUUGUGAUCUUAUGUCAUUAUUAAAAAGAUGAAUUCAUAAGAGAUAAUAAAUAUUAAUAAAUGAAUCAAUUGUUAUACAACAUUUAAAAGCCUUAUAAAUGUCUAAUUCCAGAUAUUAUCUUAAUAUAAUAUAUAGUAAAAGUUGAAACAUAGUCCAGUCAAUGCUCACAUAGUAAUAAGAAAGUGAGGGGAAAAAAAAGGGGGGGGGAAGAAGGUCAUAAUUCAAUAAAGGGAGGUAUAAGUGCAACCAUAAAAUAAUUUUGCAUUUAUUUAAAAAAAUGGCACAUCUCGAAGUCUGCAUUUAGACCAUUCGGGAUUAAAGUAUUUAAUUUAAAGAUUCACUCCAUCUCAAUUUUACUCAUUUUGCUGUCAAAGUUGCCUCCCCUCCAAUCCUUUUUGACUUUUAUAAUUCCUAAAAACGUAGUGUCUUUCAUGUCAUAUUUAUGUGCAAUUUUGUAGUGUAAAGAGACGCUAUGUUUUUCAAAACCUUUUAAAAUGUUACGACUAUGUUCUUCAAUUCUGAUAUGUAGGGGUCUGGUGGUUUUCCCUAUAUAGCAUAGACCACAAGGGCAAAUCAUUAAGUAAAUGAGGUUUUUUGAGUGGCAACUCAGAAAAUCUUUAAUUUGAUAUUCUUUACCAUCUUUAUCUCUAAAAAGCUUUAUAUGCCUUUUUUUAUUAUUAGACUUUUUGCACGCUAAGCAUUGGCCACACCCAAAAAAUCCCUUAUCCGAAUUUAAAAAAGUAUUCGUACUUUUCUUUUCCUUUAAAAAGCUUGAAGUCAGAGAAUGGCGUAAAUUGUCAACCCCUCUGUGUAUAAAUUUAGGUCUUUCUGGAAGAAAAGGUUUUACACCUGGAUCUUGUAAUAAAAUUGGCCAGAACUUAGAGAUUAUUUUUCUCACUUUUAUGUUAUCUGUGCUAAAGUUACAUAUAAAAGGGAGUUCCAUAGAUGUAUUUUCCCUUUUAUCCUUAUAUUUCAAAAGUUUCUCUCUUUCUAUCAUCCUUACUUCUUUCCUGGCCAUUUCUAAUUUUAACUCUUCGUAUCCUUUCUCUAUAAAAUCUUCUUUAAUUUUAAUAGAUUGGGUCUCAAACACAGAUCCGUACAAUUACGCCUAAUACGUAAAAACUGUCCUCUGGGGGCAUUCUCAAGCCACGGAGAGUAGUGGCAACUUUCUCUCUCUAUGUAGCUAUUAGCUUCUACCGUCUUAAAAUUGUUUCUAGUUUUAAUCUUGUUUUCUUCAAUGUAUAUCAAUAAAUCUAAAAAAAUUAUUUCUGUCUUGCUCCAAUUGCUACUGAGCGUUAUACCCCAGGUAUUCUCAUUUAAAAAAUUAAAAAAUUCAAUAAGAUCUUUUUCUUCUCCUUUCCAUACAAAGAAAAUAUCGUCAAUGUAACGACCAUAGGUAACUCAUGGUCGUUACAUUGACGAUGAUAUCGCCAGUAAAAGUGACGUUUUUUGCAUUUUUUACGCACAAACAGCAUUACACGGACAAUAUUAUUGCUGUGAUACUUUUUACUGUUUUGAAACACAAAUAUUUGUGUUCAGCGAAGUCUCCCGAGUACAACAGUACCCCUCAUGUACAGGUUUAUGGUGUUUUCAAAAGUUACAGCGUCAAAUAUAAGGCUUGCGUUUCAUUUUUUUCACAUUAAAAUUCGCCAGAUUGGUUACGUUGCCUUUGAGACCCUAUGGUAGCCCAAGAAUGAAAAUUACCCCUAUGAUGGCAUACCAUUUGCAAUAGUAGGCAACCCAAGGUAUUGCAAACAGGGUAUGUCCAGUCUUUUUUAGUAGCAACUUAGUCACAAACACAGAGCCAGCGCCAGCAGACCCAUAUGGCACUGGAAAUAAGUUGUUUUCUAGUUAUUUAAGUGGGCAUUAGGGAGCUUUUUAAACACUGUAGGAUCAGGAAUACACAUUUGGAAUCCUGACCCAAUAGUGUUCCUUUACUCUUAAAGUAUUCGUAGAAUCCCUUUACAGAGAAAGUGACAACAGCUAGUUUUCUAUUGGUUUUUGAGAUGUGGAUUAAGUACUUCUUGACUGCUCUUUCAAUUAGUUAUAAAAAAAAAAUGGUUUUAAAUACGAGGCAAUGCUUGUUAAUAUAAUUUAUUUAUUUUUCUUCUCUGAUCCCAUCUCUUUAUGUAACUAACCUUUGCCAUAUGUUGUGUUGCAGGCUGGGAUGGCACUUUAUAAAAUUGUACCCAAGAAUCCUUACUACUUCUGGUCUGUCAUGAGCUUGAUAAUGCAGGUGAGCUGUAUUCUUCUGCUGAGAAGACAAAUGUUCUAUUGUGAAUAAGUGGUUAUUGGUUUGUGUAGUUAUUGCCCAGUAUUUCGUGGUUUUUGUGUUUUGUUUUUUUUGUGUGUUUUUUUUGUUUGUUUUUUUUUAAAUCUGUGUUUUUACUUUAAACUCUAAAGUCUAUAUCGGCACAAGAUGAAAACCUCUCGAAAACUAUGUUCUUGCCAUUGGCUGAAAGAAUGGUGGAGAAAAUGGUGAAAGAAGACAAGAUGGAAGCUGAAGCCGAGGUAAAAACUCUUGAACACAGAAAGCCGUUAAUAUAGUUAUCGCAAGCCGGGGUUGAUUAAAUUCUGUAUGCUUUCAUGGUUGUUUUACAUGGCAACUAUUAUUCACUCUAUGACACUAGCUGGUUCCUCUGGCUUGUCUGAAAAGACUGUCUUGGUCUAGAUGUAUUUUGACAGCAUUAAAGGACCACUAUAGGCACCCAGACCACUUCAGCUCAAUUAAGUGGUCUGGGUGCCAGGUCCCCCUAGGUUUAACUCUGCAGCUGAAAACAUAGCAGUGUUGCUAUGUUUACACUGCCGGGUUAAUCCAGCCUCUGGCUGCACAUGCGCAUUCUGCUCCAUUCGGGAGUUGGCGGAGAAGGAGAGGUCACCGGCGCUGGAUUAAGGUAAGUGGCUGUAGGGGGGAUUUCCAAGAGCCUAUAGUGCCAGGAAAACGGGUUUGUUUUCCUGGAACUAAAGGAUCCCUUUAAUUACAAAAUGAAUUGUUCUGCAUAUAUGAUGAUGGAGGCGAGGAGAAACUGGCUACUAUGUGAAAAUAAUAGUAACGUUUAAAUGUACAUGACAUGAUGGAACUUGAGUUGCAAUGGUGUUUAAUAGACCAAUACAUAUGAUGUACAAACAUGUUACCUUAAGGCAGUACACAAACUAGUCCUUGCAUCCUCAAUGGGUUGUAUUGGUGUUCACAGUGGAACAAAAUUGAUAGUAGUCAACUAUUGGAGGUUCAUGAGAACCUCUUUGGAAAUACCAGCGCUAAGGGUUCUUUCUAGUCACAGUAAACACUGUAAUUCAGCAUGAUAACUAUUUUUUUUUCAAUGAAUGCUUAGUUUAUCCUGCCAUGCUAAAAAUACUUUAAUGCAAUCCCAUUAAAUGAGUUCCUAAACUAGCCAGUAUUCUUGCUAAGCAAUCCUUGUUUCAUAGUCUUCAUUUCUGGUUUCUAUCUUCUUCAGGUUGAACUGUACUACAUGAUUCUGGAGCGUUUGGGUAAACAUUCAGAGGCCUUGGAGGUUGUCCGAGGCAACUUAGGAGGUAUGAUACUUUGGGAAACUUGCCCUGCCCCUGAUGUCUACUUGAUGGGUAUAAACCCCCUCCAUUACAUUUGAUUUUAUAUUGUCUUUAUUUUAAUUUAUUUGUUUUUCUUGCUACCCAGAGAAAUUAACAAGUGAACUGCAAAGUCGGGAAAACAAAUGUAUGGCGAUGUACAAGAAGUUAAAAAAGUGGCCUGAAUGCAAUGCGCUCUCCAAAAAGCUUCUUUUAGAAAAGUGAGUUAUUGUGUAAAAAAGCAGCAUGUAUUUUUUACAUUUAAAUAAACCGUGACUACUACGCUAAGUAAUCCGUAAGGGCUGCUUCACCAUGGAGGUAAACCAGUGUUGGGACAAUUGACAGGGACUUUGACUUGGAAUCAAAGUAACUGAUCUGUAUGAAACCUAUGUAUUAUGUGUACAUCAAUAUUCUCUCUUAAAAAAAACGUUUGUAGAUGUUAAGUAAAUGCAUUUUAGCGGUCAUGUGCACAUGAUUGUCAGUAUCUCUCCAUGCACCAUUUCUUUGAUAUAAUGAGCACAUGCUGAUUUGUCAUAAUAGUCAACCUACAACAAAAGUUUUAAACGUGAUUGGCCUUCCCUCUAUGGGACUUUCAGGCACACCAGUCCCUUAAAUUCCCAUGUUAAUCGUGGAGCUUUGGGUGCUCGUAGUCUUGCAUUUGAAGCAACUUAAAAAUUUGUUAUUUAAAAUUGUACAAUUCUCUCAUGGAUUUUUAUAUUUUUGAAAUGUUAGAACUUAAUCAUGUAGCAGAAAUAGACAUACAAGAAAUGUCUUAAGUGUCAAAAGCUAUUUAAUUAACCCCUUAAGGACACAUGACAUGUCAUGUUUCCCUUUCAUUCCAGAAGUUUGGUCCUUAAGGGGUUAAGUGUGUGUGUGUGUGUGUGUGUGUUUGUAAUGCUAUUUAUAGUCUCUCUUAUCUGUUGUGCAGGAUUCGGUUUUACUGGUUUUUGUUUAAAGUAUUUAUAAUCUUUAUAUUGUAACAAUUCACCUGCUUAAUUUCUUCCUCUCUGCUACAGCUUAGACGACUGGCAAUUCUACCUUUCCUACUUUGACUCCAUCUUUUACCUCAUUGAAGAUGGGUGGACUCCCCCAUCAGAAGGGCAGAUGUAAGUCAAAAACGUGGUACGGAACAUUUGUGCACUCAUAAGCAUGCCUAUCUAUGGGUAGUUGAUAUCUGUAAAAUAAAUCUUGUGUAAUUUGUGAUAUUAAUGGGACACUAAACCAUUAGUAGUGGUUAUGGUGCCAGGGGUGCAUUGACCCUUUCUUUAUCAAAGACGUAAAGCCAAGCUAAAACUGCUUGACAAUGUACCGGGUUCUACCAGAGCCGUAUUUGGUCUUCUCAAGCAAGAGAAGCAGGAUUGCUCUUUAGAACAAAGUAAGGACAUGCUUUGCACUACAGAGACUUUUGGCUUCUCCUGCUGGGAAAACCCGGAUGCAGCAGAUGUGGUAUGGGUGCCCAGGGUGACCCAAGUAAGUUGUCAAACCAUUCUGAAAAAUCUCUUGACUUUUUAUCGUUGGAUAACACCAGGGCACCCCUGGCAUCAUAACCACUACAGCAGGUCAUACUUAUGGUAUUUUGAGUGUUCCUUUAAUGCAGGGCUCAGAAUUUCCACUAGCCAUUGGCAAGUAGAAAUUCAAGACUAAUGCGUGUGCCGGGCUUUCUAUGGCAAGUAACUUUAAAGGCCUGGUUAGUAGCAGAGGAUUUUAAAUGUUAAGCCCUGUCUUAAUGUAUAUGCGAAUCAGUCUGUAUAUAGAUUGACACUUCUUAAAUUUGUGUUUUCUUGGAGGUUUCUUUCAGUGGUGUGUGUUUGCAAUGUUAAUUGUAGUUUGCAGAUUGCAGGCAAAAUACAGAACUUCCAAGAAAGCCCCUCUUUGCACAGCGUAUGUUUCUUUUGCAGGUCACUGGAAGGAGACCUUGACUACACAAUAGAACAGGCUGUCAGUUUUGUAGAAGAACAAAUAGAAACAGAAGCAAAGAUCUCACGAUCGCUCCGGGGACCACAUCUAGCUAAGCUCGAGCUUAUUCGCCGCUUGAGACAGAGAGGAUGUAAUGAUGAGUAUAAACUAGGUAACUUGAUGGAACUCCCAAUUAGGUAUCUUGUUCAGUCAGCAUUUUCCUAGACAUGUAGAAUUACUGGACCCAAUCCACCUAACCUGACAUAGAUAUGAUUUAAGGCCAACAGAAAAUGUUAAGUAUUUUUCUUUUUAAUAUACCCCCUUACAAGUCUACUAUGUUUGCUUUUGUGAAAUCUAAAGCAACGUGCCGAAAUAUUUUCUUGGCAGUUGUAGAAAAUGUAAUAACAUUUUUCACCAACUUAGGAAAUUGAUAUUCGAUUCAGACUCUCAAAAUGACUUGAGCAAUAUAAACCCACUUUUCUCAACUCUGUGCAGACUUGACAGCCUUGAUAAUUUUUAAAAGGGCAGCCCAGGUAUCUAAGCUGUAAGAAUGCAUUUAAGAAGAUAUACCGUAUAUACUUGAGUAUAAGACGAGUUUUUCAGCACAUUUUUUUUUUGUGCUGAAAAACCCCAACUCGGCUUAUACUCGAGUCAAUGUCUGUAUUAUGGCAACUUACAUUGCCUGGCGGUCCUGUUGGGGGCUGGCAGCGAGCUGUAACUUACCAUUCCUGCAGCUCCUGUCAGCUCCCUUCUCCUCCGUGCUGGUCAGCUCCAGUGUAAGUCUCGCGAGAGCCGCGGUGUCAGAGGGUUGCCACAGGUUACCGUGGCAACUCUCCGCGCGGCACUCACACCGCAAGACUUACAGGGGAGCUGACCGGACAGGAGGAGAAGGGAGCUGCAGGAAAGGUAAGUUACAGCUCUCUGCCAGCCCCCCUCCUACACAACCAAUGCCACUGGACCACCAGGGAAUGCGAGCCCCCCUCCCUGGCCAGCUAACAAACAGGGAGGGAGGAUAAAAAUAAAAUUAAAUAAUAAAAAAAAAAAAAUUACAAUAAAAAAAAAUAUUAAUAUAAAAAUGCCCCCCCCACCACCACCACCAUCACCACCACCACCACCAAGGCUCUGCAUCACACACACACUCUGCAUUCAUUAUAUACUCACACUGUAAAUAAACCAUUAAUAUCAUUUUUUGUGGAUCUAAUUUUAUUUACAAAUUUACCAGUAGCUGCUGCAUUUCCCACCCUAGUCUUAUACUCGAGUCAAUAAGUUUUUCCCAGUUUUGUGGGGUAAAAUUAGGGGUCUCGACUUAUAUUCGGGUCGACUUAUACUUGAGUGUAUAUACGGGUAGCUAGAAAUUUUUAAUGUAGCAUUGCAUAUUUAUUUAGAUGUGUGGGAGGUGUAUAGUUAGAGCAUUCUGAAGUUGAGUCCAGUUCACUGAAACAGGUUUUCUCUGCAGGAGAUCCAGAAGAGUUGAUGUUCCAGUACUUUAUUAAGUUUGGAGACAAGCCAUGUUGUUUCACUGACCUCAAGCUCUUCACAGACCUCCUCUCUCCCAGCCAACAUACAACUGUACGUAUAUACAACCUGAAUUUAUAAUAAUCUCAUCAAAUGACUUCUAUAAAUAUGACUUGUGGUCUGGAUGUUAUCACUUGUUUCUAAUGGUCCUUGUUUUAUUAGUCUUAAAGAUAGUUUAACCUUAUUAACCUUCACAUUUAUGGCUCUGAAAUGCUGGAAGUUUUCUUUCUAAUAAAAACAAUACAACGGCUCGAGAUUGCAAUAGGGUUACAUUGAGAAUGACAUCCUGAUCUCAACACUUUAAAACUGAAAAUGAAGUUUCUAAGGAAGAUCUCUUUUCUGAGACUGUUUGCUUUCUGUACAAAUGCGACAAGCUUUUGACGGCCUGCAUACAGGGCUACUGCUUGCGCCCCUUUCUUUUCUUGUACUCCCCAACUUGCUUUCAUUAAGUCUUUUUAUGCCACCCUUAGUUGCUGUCUGACUUAAAUCCCAUGACAUUUGAAUUACUCACAUUUGUCUUAAAAGGGAAGGCUGUUUGGCCAUGUGCAUUUAUGUAACAAACUAAACAUUGUCUACACAUAACUUUUAUGCUUUAAAAAGACAUGCGUGUCCUUUACAACAAUUUUAUGAUGUGGCAGUUUAAAUUGAUGUUUGAUCGCUCAUUUUGUUAUUUUGUGCCAGUGUGAUCUCACAGGAAUUUUUUUCAAUCUGCUUGUCCUAUCCAUUUACGUGAUUUGUGAUUAUCUUGUGUUUCACUUCAGCUGCUGUUGUCAGUCAGUGCAUUCUUAUACUAUUUUCAGGGAUGCAUUCUUAUCUACAUGGUGUAACCUAAAAUGCCUUGAUGGCUUUGAUUUGGUCUUCUUUUAAAUGCCUACUAUACUUUCUUGUAUGACUUGUUCAUGCAGGUUUCUGUGCAAGCUUUCAUAGGACGUUUUAUGCAAGGACAUAAUUAAAUCUGGAAACAUAACGUAAAGCAUUCUUUUAUUUGAUGCAGAAUGAGUGGGAAUCAUCCUUCCUGAAUCGGUCUUAAAGGAUCACUAUAGGGUCAGGAACACAAAUGUAUUCCUGAGCCUAUAGUGAAAACCCACCAGUUAGGUAGCUUCGCAGGUCUGCGUGCGCUGGCCCCGCCCCCUGGUGACGUCAUUAAAAGUGCUGCUUUUUAGCAAAUCCAAUGCUUUCCCAUGAGGAAAGCAUUGGAUUGGCUAAAAUCAGUAAGAGGACAGGGCCAAAGCUGUUUUUGACCAUUAUGCAUUUCUGAGGAAAAUUCAGCGUCCCCAUGCAGAGCGGGGGGACGCUGAACGGCAGGUCAGCUUACUGUGCAGCCCUGAGCCAGGAAGCCCCUCCAGUGGCCAUUUAAGGAGUGGCCACUUGGAGGUGUCCUUAGGGGCAAUGUAAGCACUGCCUUUUCUCUGAAAAGGCAGUGUUUACAUGAAAAUGCCUGAAGGGAGCUAUUAUACUUACCAGAACUACAUUAAAGGACCACUCUGAAGUGGUCUGGGUGCCUGGUCCAGCUAGGGUUAACCCAUUUUUUUAAAAAAAAUAAACAUAGCAGUUUCAGAGAAACUGCUAUGUUUAUAAAUGGGUUAAUCCAGCCUCUAAAGCUUCUAGUGGCUGUCUCAUUGACAGCCGCUAGAGGCGUUUUGUAUGCUUCUCACUGUGAAAAUGAAUGCUUUCCUAUGAGACUGGCUGCGCGCACAGCUCCUGCCGCACGCACAUGCGCAUUCAGCCGAAGAGGCGGAGGAGAGCUCCCCGCCCAGCGCUGGAGAAAGGUGAGUGUUUAAUCCCUUCCUCUCCCCAGAACCCGGCGGGUGGGGGCACCGUCAGGGCACUAUAGUGCCAGGAAAACUAGUAUGUUUUCCUGGCACUAUAGUGGUCCUUUAAACAGAAGAAAAUACACCUUCUGAAGUGGCCCAGUCAGUGUCCUGGCCUCAACCCGAUUGAGAUGCUGUGGCAUGACCUCAAGAAAGCGAUUCACACCAGACAUCCCAAGAAUAUUGCUGAACUGAAACAGUUCUGUAAAGAGGAAUGGUCAAGAAUUACUCCUGACCGUUGUGCACGUCUGAUCUGCAACUACAGGAAACGUUUGGUUGAAGUUAUUGCUGCCAAAGGAGGUUCAACCAGUUAUUAAAUCCAAGGGUUCACAUACUUUUUCCACCUGCACUGUGAAUGUUUACAUGGUGUGUUCAAUAAAAACAUGGCAACAUUUCAUUCUUUGUGUGUUAUUAGUUUAAGCAGACUGUAAUUGUCUAUUGUUGUGACUUAGAUGAUGAUCAGAUCACAUUUUAUGACCAAUUUGUGCAGAAAUCCAUAUCAUUCCAAAGGGUUCACAUACUUUUUCUUGCAACUGUAAGUACAAAUGAGCUGAAUUAAAAAAAAAUAAAAAAAAUUGACUUCUGAGGACUGAACUUGAUAGACUAUAACCAUAUUGUUAAGCAUGACUGCUGUAUUGUGGGAGCUGUGAAGUCUUAUUGUUCUCCUGUCUGUUUACUCUGCAGUUUAUAAACAGAUUGUUGGGGUCUUUACCGCUUGCUACUCCAGCCAAUGGGGAUUUAGCAUUACCUGAAGACACAAAGGCCCUACAGCGACAUUUGUGUGUAAUACAAAUUAGCAGGCUGCUUGGAAUUUACCAUAAAAUGGACAAACCUCAAAAGCAGGAGGCAGUUCGGGAGAUGACUGCACGAUAUAGACAUGGACUCUCAUUUGGUGAGUGCUCUGAUCACGGAACUUAACUCAAGGCUCAUACUUACUUGAGCUAGUUUUCUACCCAAAAAUCAAGGGUGUAGGAACAUUCUUGGACAAAUAGAAGGGGGGGGGGAGGAAGAUGCAAGUGAAAAUUAUUUCAGUAUUUGUGUAAUGUAGCUCUACCAGCCAGGAGCUCUUUCAUUUUGUUACCAUAACAAUGCUACCAUUGUUACAUAUAGUUUACUAGUAGUUAAUAAUAUGGUUGAUAGAAUUUUGUUUGGCAAAUAUUUGUUUACAACAAAUGGUUAGUCUGCUUCAUCCCUCCUCCCCUCACCCCGCGCUUGCCACUCCCAGGUGUAAAUUUAUUUUCAGUAACUGUUUUAUCUAUCUUCCUUAGGCCCAAAUCUACAUCAACGUUGCAACAAGGGCCUUUAAUUUUACUUGGCUCUACCCUCCUCCCCAACUCCCGCCCACCCUGGUUCCUUCUAACUAUCUAACAUGCUCUUCCAGCUAUUUGGAACCACAGUCAAUCACCUUCUCAUUCCCUUCACAUUUUAUCAACUGCUGCAGUUAAAGCAUUAACUCUCUCAGCCAUUGCAUACAAAUUCCUCUGCUACUUCUUGCCUCCUCUCCCCAUUUUAACCUUUAGAUUGUAAGCUCACGGGCAAGGUCCUCUACCCUUUGUAUUGGUCUGUUCUUAUUGUGUUUUUCUCAAUUGUACAGCGCUGCGAAAUAUGUUGGCACUUUAUAAAUGCCAGUAAUAAAUAUAUAACCAGUGCUCUGUUCUAUGUGUAAAAUGGCAAAGCUGUUCAUUAACCAGCACACUGGUGUGGUCAGUACUGCUGUGAGCUUCCAACGGAAUCAUUGAAACCACUUGUCUUGGUACUGCUUGGAUGGGAAAGUAUUCCAUCUCCUGUUGGAAACCAACAGGUGCCUGGAAAUAGAUGGAUAAGUCUCCAUUUCUGUAAUCCAGUAGCAUAGUAUGCUAGUAUAUAACAGUUCUGCUUGUAUUUAUUUUAUUUUUGUGUUUAACACACUUUAAUUUUUUUUUUUUUCUUUAAUAGGAGCGGGCAGCUUGAAAACAGAACUGCAGGUCUCUGAUUACUACUGUUUAAUAGGAGCUCAUAUGCUGUUAGAUCUCUGGCUUAAUGGCAAGUAUAGAACAUGACAUUUUAAGCAUCCUUUUCAAGUUUGUGUGAUGGUCAGGUUCCUAGUGCUAGUUAGAUCUGGGUAUGGCAGCUGGUACUUCCCAAAACAGAGUCUCUAUCUGGCAGUAACUAGGUAUAUGUCAGAAAUGGUACAGGAAAGCAGCGCUUUCUGGGUUUCCUCAGUCAUAUGGUGGUGAGUCUCUAUGUAAGAUAUUCCAUACUGGCUCACCACCAUACAAGUUUGAGGACACCCAGAAUGCUCUGCUUCCCUGUACCCUUCCUAUCCUUUUUAAGUUGCUGUUUUGUGAUUGAUUUGUAACCUUGAGAGAAAGCCGUGAAAAUGCUGAAUAUCGGUCUAUCUUCCCUGUGCACUUUUGGGCACUAGAAUGUGGUCUACUUUUUGUUCUACAUUGAACUCUUUUUAACCUAUUCAAAACUGGAUUUUUAUGAAUAUAUUUUUUUUUUCUCAUUUGGGCAAAUGACUAGCUGAAUUAAAACAAAAAUGUGUGUGUGCUGGAGAUGGAUAUUAUUUUAGGGCAGUACAUCUUCACAAAAAAACUUUCUUUUAAGAGAGAGGUAUUUGUAUGUUCUGCAUCAUUUUUCAAAACACCUUUUUGGGAUCCUAAACCUUUUAAAGUGGCAUUUCCAUUUGGUGUGCAGUUAGUGUUUGAGUAAUCUGUGAGAAACUAAUAAAUAGGAGCUUCUCUUCUUUGCAAAGGAUCCAUGCUAUGUCCUUCUAGUCAUCAAAGGUCAUUGACCUGUGUAUUGGGCAGGCACCCUGCCAUUUACCACAUUAUCUCCUGCACUGUAAAGAAGCUAAUGUCAUUGACAUUCCGAUAAUAUUUAGUUUGCUGCUGUGAUUGCAGCUAGCUUGAGAGCUAGCAGCAGUGAAUUCACUUAUGUGGCAUCACUUGCAGCCAUAUUCUAAAACACUGAAUCCAGUUUUAGAAUUCCAAAUACUGCUUAUUUUGCAAUGGCAGACUACAACGUGUGUGAAAUAUGCUUACAUACAUUCCUGUUUACAUUCUGGUGGCAUAUUGUGUGACAUUUAUAUUGCAUUAUAUAUUUUCGUGCUAUCCAAGUGUCUCUUAUAUAAACACUGCACACUUGAUGGGUUCAUGCUGGAAAUUAAUGCUCACGCUCUCUUUUUGGUCUUAUUUUUAACAGGUGAGGAGUGGGCUGUAUGGCAUUGCCUUACUCUUUUAGAAGAAGGCUUAAGUAACAGCCCAUCACAUGCCCAGAUUAAGCUGCUACUGGUCCGUAUUUACUGUGCACUUGGCUCUUUUGAACCUGCAAUGGACCUCUUUGCCAGCCUGGAUGCUAAACACAUUCAGUAUGACACCAUUGGGUGAGUUAGAUAUCGUGUUUCAGACCAUGCAUGCAUCAUAUAUAAAACAGUAUUUAAACAUGCUUUAUAGGCAUCUGCGUCAUAUGAUUAUUUUCCAUACAGGUUUACUUCUGGUUUAAGUUCGGUUAAUAUUAAACAUUGGAUUUGGGCAGAUGACUUUAUUUAUAAAACUGAUCUCUCUGCACGUGAUAGCGUAACAUUCCCUAGGAAAUGUCAGAUCCCAAAAAUUGUAUGUUUUGAAAACCGUAAUCUUUGUCUGGGAGAAUCUUCUCAUAUAAAGCAAGGCAAAUGAAUGCAUUUGAUUAAAUUGUGUAUUACUUUAUGGAGGUUUCUCAGAUGGUCUUGAGUUGGCAUAGACUACUAGAAAAUGGUACAGGUAUGAUGUGGUCGUCCAAGUUGAUCUCACAUUUUAAGAGUUAGUACACCAUACUGAGUCAUUUUUCCCCACCUCUGGUCUGAGCCCUAUGUAGGACACAUAAAUUUAACUAAAGUGUUUCUCAGCAUCUUAAUGUGUAAAAGGAUAGUGUGUGUCCUGACUCUUUAUUUUUUUUAUUUUUAUGCAAACUAGUGUGUGAAGUAUGGGGUAUAUAGUAUAGCGUCAGCAUGUCUUUUGUUUCAGAAGACAUCACUCCUCCUGGAGUCAAAGCACUGGCUAUAGUAAACAUUCAUUCACCGGUUUGAAAUUAGAAAUGCCAGUAAGAAACCUCACUUAUCUGGUUUUGUGUUUUUUUUUUUUGGUGUUUUUUUUUUUUAUUUUUUUUUUUUUUAUUUCAAAUGGCCCAUGUUUUGGCAGGGUUAUUUUCAUAUUGGGAUGUGAACAUCUAUUUAUUAAGAACCUAUAACUUCUACUUGGGUAAAAUCUGCCACUAGUGCUCCCUUCCUCCUCUCCCUGUCAUUUGUACUCUGAUAAUAUAUAGCUAUAUGUAAGCUAGUUUAGAUUAAAAUUUUGUUUGAAACUGGCUUAUUUAAAACUUGUAAUUUUGAAACGUUUGUGUGUUCCGUCUUGCAGUUUCCUGUUGACCCGUUUUGCAGGACCUUUGGGACAGUUUCUUGCUGCAUCACAAGCCUGCAAUGCUACUCUGCGCUUUUUCCAUUCAAACCAGAAAGAUGUGAGUAUCUGAAGUCCUUUAGUCAUUUGCAUACAGCUCGAACCCCUCUCGGGGCUGUUCUACUUGAUGUUUACUCAGUGUAAAAUCUGGUUGGAACCGUCACUGUUAAAUCUUCUUAAUUUCUUCUUGUCUUUACUUGAUUGAUAUAUAUAUAUAUAUAUAUAUAUAUAUAUAUAUAUAUAUAUCAAUCUCUAUCUGUCGCUAUCUCGCUGUCGAUAUCUCUAUCUCUUUUGUAUAUAUAGUCUUGGGCCAAAUGCUCGCCACAAUAAUCUGUCUAUUAUUGAAAAGUACAAAUACGCAAUCUGACUUACGGUUUAUUCUUAGUUACAGAUACAUAAUAAAACAACAAAGGAUGUUACAGGAUAAUUGACAUUCAACAGCAGAUGGUAAUUGCUGGACUUCUUUACAUCCUUACAUCGAGAGAGAGCCCAGAGCCAAGAGACCUUGUGUCUCUUUGUUCAGUUACUAUAUAGAAGUGCCAUAAUGACGUCAGACUAUAACUCUUGCCAUAUAUGGACAAGACCCCCAAAUCCACAUUCCAGAGCUCUCGGACCAAGAAAGCCUUGUGACUUAUACCAUCUGUUACUUAUGUCAAUCCACACAUCCAUAUAUAUAUAUAUAUAUAUAUAUAUAAUCAAUAGAAACAUAGAAUAUGCAAUAUUCUACACUCAGUCACUUAAACCUCUGCCAUUAAAUAACAUUUAGUGGCCUUGGGACCUGUGCUAGUCCCACUGGUUCUCCAUUCCCGGGGCUGCUAUCUUAGCAUUUCCAAGGUGGCGGCCAUCAGAAAUCUCCUCCACUGUCCUUCCUAGAGAUAAAUAAGGCUUGUGUAAAGCUCCGCCCUUUCUCAACUGUUGUGAACUUGCAGGUUCUACAUAAGGAAAAAUAAGUAUAUCAUUUAUGUAUAACCUUUUUUUCAUUUAUUUAAAAAAUAAAUAAAAAAAAAAGCCAAUUGCAGUUAGUAAUUGUGCUAUAUGUUACGCUACAUGGUUUGCUUGUAUUGGGUAAGAUUUUUAAAUUAAAUUGUUCAAAAGAUUCACUCGUACAAAAAUGAUAACCACAUGUUAUACUAGUGCACAGUAUAACUCCAGGCUGGGAGUUUAUUUUAUUUUUUUUCAAUAUGAAAGGCACGAGCACACUGUGCGUGCUCGUGUCCUAAAAGUAGUCGGACAGAGCGCUGCUGAUAGCAUCAAAUGACGCUCUGAUCCCAUCUUUACCUCUCCAUCACACGACUCCUGGUCCAAGGCUUCCUGAUUGAAGGCUCUGACAUGCAGUGGAAGUUCAGGGGCAGAGCAAUGAUGUGCUGAUGAAGUUAAGGUGCCCAGAGUGUCCCUUUAAUUCCAUUGAACCAAACUGCCACCUGUAUCAUUACUGGAUUAUACAUAGCUAUUCAGAUUAUUAGACUUUUUGGGGAAUUUCAAAAGUAAUUUGUGAAACAAUGUUAAGGUUAUUUACUAAAAUGUGAGUUGUUGGAAUUCUAAGCUCAAGUUCAAGUCCAAAACAGCAGAGUUGAAAAAUAUAUUCAAGCUGGGUUAAUUUUAGGUCUAAAACUUGACCUUCACAUUGCAUUCGCAACAAUUCUCACCUUAAUAACCCUAUAUAUGUAUAUUGGACUCCUGACUACAGUUCCCAAACCACCAAUCACCUCUAACAUUUGGAAUAAAGUUUUUAUAAAACUUUACUCUGUGUGCGUUUCCUAUUGUCAUUUGCAAUAUCUGCCCCUGUGCAUUUUAUUUUGGGUUGGGUGAGUCAGACCAUUUUGAAAUUUGACACUUCUUAAAUUCUUUGUACAUCUACUUGUAUACCUGCAUGUAUUUAAAAAGGAAAUAAUUAUAAUCUGUAGCUAAACAGUAUUGCUCUGAAGUAUUAACAUUGCAUCCAAUGUGGUGUAGUUAUCCUCAAGUCUCAUUAAAAGGAAAUUUAUCAAAGUGAUUUCUCCUCCCCCCCCUUCCCCUGUUUUCUCUCUAUAACAGACCUCAGAAUAUAUAAUACAAGCUUACAAAUAUGGAGCUUUUGAGAAAAUUCCAGAAUUCAUUGAAUUUAGAAAUCGGUUGAACAAUUCCCUACAUUUUGCACAAGUUCGAACAGAGCGAAUGCUGCUGGACCUAUUACUUGAGGCGGAUAUGUAAGUAUUCCCUUGUUUCAUCAAGAGCAUUUACUUGGUAAUUUUUAUUUUAAACGUCGGGGAGGUUAUUCACUGAACAAUGAACUGAAAUGGAUUGUAAAAUAGAUGAGUUUGAAGACUUCUCCAAUUCCAAAUUUUGAGACCAAGGUUUUGAAAUUCAUUUAAGUAUUCUUCAUUACCCACAGUGUUUAAUAGACUGCUAUUGCUGAUUUACUGAAGACCUGUUUGGACUUGUACAAUAAUUUAGAGUUGUCACCCCAGCAUCUAUCUGUCUGAGACAAGUCAUUUACUAUCUUCAGGAUUACUAAGGGGGAAAAGCUUGUUGGUUUUGUGGUGUUGUACAGCUAGUUUUGGAAAAUUAAGGCAAGAUAUAAAACUCUAAUUUUGAGAUUAAACAUCAAUUGCAAAACCAUUUCAAAUAAAGAUGCUACAUUUAGACAGAAAUGGCCAUGCUGCACUUUACAAGCCUAUUCCCUGCUCACUUUAUGGUUGUCAUGUACUUCUCUCCCCCAUUUGUAGUUCCAGUAGUCUAGAAGACCUUAUAAAAUCUAUGAGUCUAAGUCCAGAGGAAGAUGACAUUCCAUGGAAAACAUUAACAGACAACAGAGAUCUGACAGCACUCUUUAACUGGGAUCCGAGUGACCGGUAAAUUCAAUUAACCUUUUAAACUAGUAGAAUGUAUUUAGAAGUACACUUGUUAGAAUCAUUUAAGCCUUCAUAUAAUUUAUUUUAUAUGAAAACUAAUGUUAAAAAAUGCUUUCUUUUUAGACCGUAGACUUGGAUAAAAAAAAAAUGGUGAAAGGGCUAGGCAACAUGUUCUGUAGAGAAACAUGAAUAGGGAACAAAGCAAUGAAAUGAGUAUUGAUAGAAUGUAACAAACUUGUGUUUUUUUGUUUUUUUUUUAAAUAAACUUGCCAUGUUGAAGCAGACUUCUUUUGUUAUCUGACCAACUGCUGCUCAUCAUAACUUGCCUGAUCCUGAUGCUAUCAGUCAAACUGCAGCAGCAGGGAUGUUGGCUUGAGCAGCAGAUAGCCAGUUAAUAGUAGAAGCUUUUUUUUCAGAACCUUUUUAAUUUUAAAAUGGGCAUUUUAGCUAUGGGUGUUUCUCACUGGGCACUUCACUUUGUAUCAGUAAUGGUUAGCAUGUUACUCUAAUUACCUAUUUAUUUUUACUCUGUUUCUAUCCUCCUAUGUCUAUCUAGUAAGUUUAACGGGGAGAGAGGCUUUGAAUAGUUUGAUCAUUUUGUUGUCAGUCUUUUACUGGCAUCAUUAUUGUUAAUUUUCCUCUCUUCCUUUAUACUAUCUAUAUCUAAAGUGGCGAUUUGGCAAGUUUUUCUUCAAUUUAUUUGGAUUUUUUCAUUGAAGGCAUUCUAUUACCUGAUUUUUCAGUAUUCCCUAGCCGCUUCUCCCUACAUAAAUAUUACCACUAUUUGCAUUUUCUGGUUUGCAUUUCUAUAUAGAACCAUAUCGAAUAAAGCUUGUUUUAUCAAACUUAUAACAGUUAUGUGAUGGAGGUUGAACGGACCGCCUGGCACCCCGACCGGGUACCUCGGUCAAUCACUGCUUCCUAGUAAUCCUUGAGUACCAUAAGUACAGCACCGGACACCAUAACUACCGUGAACCCCACAAACUGCCUCAGCUUGGUUGGGGUCACACUGUCCUCCACCCACUCUGGACCCAAGUCCAGGAUCCAACUUCCAGUAGGUAGACCUCUCCUAGUCCAGAGAGCAAAGCAGGCUCCUCUUACAAGAGCAAUCGUUGUGAUUAUAGCAAUCCCCAGAGUGAAUAUAGCUCUCCAAUCCCCCAAACAUGAGCUUAGACUUCAUUACUGGUAAAACAAUUCUAUUUAAUGGCAGCCAUAACUGGCCUUAUAUGCAGGUCGCCAUGCAAGGGGCACUCCCCCCCUGGACCUGAGAGUAGACUACAGUGAAAACCUAUAUACAAUUACAUUGGCUCUCAGGUCCAGGACACACUCAUACAAAAUAGGUCAAUCCCUCCUCUAUGCCUGGGAGAUAAUUGAGUCAGCCACUGUAUUAAACUCCAUUAUUUCCAGGCAUAGAAAACAUACAUUUUUAUUUAUUUUAUUUAUUUAUUUUUAUUUUUAAAAACAACCUAAAAAUGUCUUUAAACACACAAAAUCACCACAAGUUACAUCCCCUGAUAUUCUUGAUCUGGGUGACCAAGUUAUCAAAAAAUCAACCAGAUCAGUUCAGGAAUUUCCUGGAAGACAUAAUUUGACUGCCCGCCCGCAUGGUCCAAUGCCCAAAACCGUUCCAGAGAAUCAGGGCUUGCGGUCGGCCUAGUUCGGUUGUUUAAAAACCGAACAAACUACCUAACAGUCAAUGUUCUUACCCUGGAGCUUGUUCCCCUUGUUCGUGGGAACGUUUCCACUGAACAGCACUUUUCUAAGUGUUGUAGAACCGAACAGAGGCGAGCUGGAAGUCCAGCGUUGUUCGGGAGUGUGUCCGUUUUCAGUUCCAUGAGAUUCAUGCCCAAACACCACUGAAUUGCGGCCACCCAGACGAACACUUAGAACACUGCGGUAGAAAUUGCUACAGUAAUUAGCAAUUAGGCUUAACAAGCUCCAGGGUGGUCUCUGAUUUGUGCUGCUGUUCGGUUCCCGAACCAAAUAUAAAAUCCCACAAACCAAGUCUGUUCGUAUUUUUUUAUAUAUAUUAAGGGCCCGUAGUCUUUUGGUAAGAGGCUGGCCAGCAGGCCCUUCCAAGCAACAGGGGUUCAGUUUAUCACAGAGGUUCUAUCAGUUUUAUUUUUAUUUAUUUUUUCUUCUUGACAUAGAAGUUAACCUUAUAAGGUUAUUAUUUGUCAGUGUUUCUUAGCAUACGUACUCUAAUAUAGGCUUCAUAUGUCCAAUUGGAUUAAUAUAUAUUACUGUCCAUAUUUCCAGGAAGUGUUGUAGGUUCACUUUAGGUGUAGCUAUAUACCUGGUUUUUGUGUGUUCUCUAUACUAUCUAGAGUUAUGCCCUGAGAGACCCGGAGUCUCUCCCGGAUGCCUGGAUCAUUUGGACAUAGUCACUCUGUGAAAUAAGCUUAGGAACACCUGGCUUUUAGGACACACUGGGACAAAACAGUGCUGCCAACUUUUAUAAUCUGACAUUAAAUAUAAGGCUUCAAAUACAGUCAGUCAGGUGUGGCUUGAUUAUGAUCCGUAGUAUGUGAACCUCUGAAAAUGGGGGGUGGGGGGGAGACCCUAUUAACCAACAUGAUGUGCUGCUAGACCACAGCAUUAAUUAGAAUGUUUCCUAGUUUGCUUGAUCGCUAGGUGGUCCCACCAUCUGUUUAGUAUCAUGAAGCUCUGCCACAUUUUAUGUUUCGUGAAGGAACUAUUUUGCCAAAAGACCGGCACAUCAUAUAAAGUGAUUUUGCAGGGUCGUUUUAGAAGAACAUAAGCAGCAGUCGCUGGAAGAAGAGAGGAUUUGGCUUCUGAUUCGAUCACUGACUCUCAGGCUGGUUAGUGGGCUGGCCAACCUAAGCCAUUCAUCUGACUCCAAGAAUUCUGAGAAGAGUGCAGAAAAUGGGAUAUCUUCUAGGAUUGAUAUAGUUCGAACAUUACUAAUCAAGUUGGAAGAAGCUGUAGCUUCUGGCAAGAAGUUUCUUGAAAGAAAAGGAAUGGUAUGAUGCUCUUUAUUAGUUUGUAAGUUGCCAGUCUUGGUUUAAAUGACUAACACACCAGUGGGUGACGUUGCCUUUUUGUCCAGGCCAAAGGAGAAAAAAUAAGCUUUUGUGACACAAAAACAGAUUGACAACCGAUUUAUUGCUAAAUGUAAUGAUCAGCAUUUUGCCCAAAAACGGUCUCCUCUGUCAUUAUCUAGUUGUGAUCUAUUUUUCAUAGGAUAAUUUCGAUAUCCUGUGUCAUGGCUCUAAUCCACAAAUGUUUUAUGAAACCAUUAAAAAGAGCCUCGAUGCUGCCUUAUGGUAAGUAGUCAAAACCAUUUUGGCACGGUAUGACAACUUGCCUGGGUCCCACCAUGUAUUUACAACUGAAGUCAAUUUUUCCAGUGUUCUUCUGUGGCAGAAAAAAAUCUGAUAUGGUGAAGGUACCAGGGCACCCAGGUAAGUUGUCAGACCGUGUUAAAAUAGUGUGACUACUUACCAUGGCAUAUUGCCAGGGCACUCCUGGAACCAUAACCACUACCGCUUGCUGUAGUGUUUUUGGUGCUUUGAGUGUUCCUUUAAUAAGGCCGCUGUCAAAUUUUCACUUUGAAUAAUAUCAUUUAAAUUUCCUUUAAAGUAAAUGUAUAUAGACUCAGACACCGCAGUUGGUCAGAACAGUCUGACCCAACAUGGCUGCUCUGCAAGAUAAAACCUGACCUUUUCUCAAAAAAAUAGAUCUACACAAUUAAACAACAAAAAAAAAACCUAACAUAUUUGAAGUGAAAAUGUGACCGUUGAGUGAUUGUGUGUUUUUUGUUUAACAUUUUAAUGUUGUAGGGUACAUAAUGAACAGAUUUUGUUUCUUAAUUUUUUUUAAACUUCCUUCAGUUUUUUUGUCUUUUGUUUUUUUAAAUAAGAGAUUUAUACAUAGACAAGGGAUUCAUUAUAACCAGUAAAAGCUACACAGUUGUGAUGUCACUGUCUUAAAACUGGGUAACCUAGGUUUGAAUCCCAGUCACACCACUUUACCAGUAAAUGUUCUAAUCCUAUCCAUCUGCCUACUAAAAUCCUCUGGCUUUCUUUACCUCUAAUAUCCCCUUUCUAUAAUUGUAAUAUGUUGACACAAUAUAAAAAUAUUUAACUAUUAACAUAUGUACUUCUACAGUAUCCUUUCAUUGGUCCUCCACCAUCUCGCCUUCGUGGUUUCCUGAACAGUGGCAGCUGCUUAUGUCAAAUGGAUAUUUUACAGCUAGUUAAUGAUAUUUAUGAACUGGACACAAAUGGCAUAGGUAGGUAGAACCAUGCAUCAGCUUAUUAUGCCAUGUCAUUUGGAUUGGCAUUAGUCUGAUAAACCUAUUUAGGUUACCAUUGACUAUUUAUUAAACAGCUUCUCAUAAUAAAAUUUUUGUUUGAUCUAAUGUGUCACUUAAAACCAGAAUGCUUAGUGGGAUUUGCAAGCAUGACUUGUUGCUGCACAUUCUUUUGUAUGAUUGCAUUUAGAGAGAUAUUAAGGGACACUAGUCACCAAAACAACCUUAUCUUAAAGCCGUUUUGGUGUAUCGAUCAUGCGCCUGCAGUCUCACUGCUGAAUUAUCUGCCAUUUAGGAGUUAAAUCACUUUGUUUAUACAGCCCAAGUAAUAUGCACAGCCUUCCUAAACAUGUCCAGUAACAAGAGACAUGUUUACACUUUCUUUAUUGCACAGUUUGUUUUCUUUAGAAUUUCUCCUGCUCUGUUAGGUCUUCUACACCCUGCAUGAGCCUCCUGUGUGUGUGACUAAAGUCCAAUUUACAGAGCAGGAAAUACAUUUCUAAAGUAAGUUAACACCUAAUUGAAAAUGAAAGUCAUCCGCCCCCUCCCUUUUCCAUGGCAGAGUAGGUGUGGCUUGGCUGCAUAAACAGUGAUUUAACUACUAAGUGACAGAGAUUUAAUCAGUGAGACUGUUAUCUAUACAACAAAACGGCUUCAUUAAGCUAAAGUUGUUUUUAUGCCUAUAGUGUCGCUUUAAAAUGCGUACAUCUCUCCAAGAUCACACAAUUAAAAAUGUUAUACUUUUUUCUGGAGUAGAUGACUACUGCUAUUCGGUGAGCCACUUUGGUUAAUUCGAAAUGACAAGGCAAGUUUAAAAUAGACAAAUGCUUGUUGAGAGCAAUGCAACUCCAUUCCUUUGGUAUACUUAGCAUGACAGUCCAACUCCUAAACAUUUACAUACAUAUAUACGUAUUUUUUUCAUUUAGAUGACACAUCUGCGCUCCAAGAGAAAAUUGGUAUCAAAUUAAAAUCUUGUCAAGAGCACUUAAAAGGUAAAAUGCCAAUAUUUUGUUGAUUGCCUGGCAAAUUUUUAAUUGGCUUGUUGAGAUUCAUGUUUAUGUGGUCAUUUCCUCCCCCCCUCUUCCCAGAUCUUGUGAACCAGUGUAAAGGGUUGCUGAUCGAUAUCCAAGGAGGGUGUUGUAAAACCUUUCCAGAUAGUGUAGAAAACCUGGUCUUCUUCGUUGAGGUCAGUUCCUGCUUAUGUUCUCGUAGCUAAUGAAAAUAAUUCCUUACUUGACCGAGCAUUUCAGUUUUAAAACCAAUUUGUUAAAAUAAAUGUACUUUUAUUUUUUUUACUGAAUAUUUUUGGGUUUUCUUUCUCUCCCCCUCUUAUGAAUGUACAUACUGAAUGGGUUGGCUCUGAGAGCACUUUUUAUUCCAUUGCUAGACAUACGUUAUGGUACUGUACCCCUCACAUAAAAAGUAGAGAAAUUAUCUGGAACAUGUGACUUGGACAGUUGAGUUCCAAGUAUAGCUUAAUGAUCUACACUAAAAAAAACAAAAAAAAAAAACACACACCUUAACAGUUGUAUGCAUUUAAAAAUUUUAUUUUCAAUGCUUUCAGACAAUCUCUAUUUAUCAGUGGGUGUCCAGCUAUUUUGCAAGUGUUCUGCGACCGCUAAAGUCUAAUCUGCAAAAAAAGAAAAAGAAGAAAAAAGAAAGUACAGCCACAGUGAGUGAUAAACGAUUCUAUUAUUUUUAGUGGAGUCCAUAACCCAUUCUAAAUGGAAUAAGAAUGAACAUACCAUAAUGUUGCAGUUGGCAUUGUUCGACAUAAGUGCCUGUUUUCAAGCCACACUUUUCAACGGUUUCGAACUAUAGUAUGUAUUGUUCUGCCUUUUACCUUCUAGUUUAAAGUUCAUAAAGCUACAGAUUGUUUGCAAAAUACGUUCUUGCUUUGAUGGGACAGCCUCUUUCUAAAUGGAGUGUGUCUCUUGCAUCAGUCUACCACUAAUUCCCGUGCACGUCAAGACAAAUAUUGGGCUUUGCCCUCCUAUAGUUUACGUUUUCCCAGAUAUACUUUAAAUGUCUAAAAAUUAUUUUUAUUUUCUUGACCGUUAAACAUUCUGUGGUCUGUGAGAGGUUUCAAUGUUCAUUUUUUUUUUUUUUUUCCUAGCCUCCUGUAUUCACAAGCUACCAAGAGUUCAAUACAGUGCUUCGUAUGUUGGUAUCCAAUAUGACAGAUCACAUUAAGGAUAUGGAGGUAUCACUAACAGCACUGAAACUUGAAGAGCUGUCUUUGGACAAUGUCAUUUUUUCAGAGGUGAGUCCACUGCAACAAGGUUUUAGAAAUUGAUAUAGCAAAUAUCUAGGAAAGACCGAAACAGGCAGUCUUAAAUCCCAAAUAUGACACCUGUGUGUGUGUGUGUGUGUGUGUUUUUUUUUUUUUUUCCUCACCUCAUUUAUAUUUUACUUUCAAAUUGAUAUUUUUUUUUUUUGUGCAGGUAAGUACAUGUCAUUGUCACAUUCCACAACAGCGUACAUAUAGAUUGAUAUAGGCUUGGCAUUGGCAUGAGUGUGUGCAGAUUUUUAAACAUAAACAGGCUUAAAGGACCACUAUAGUGCCAGGAAAACAGGGCACUACAGUGCCCUGAGGGUGCCCCCACCCUCAGGGUCCCCCUCCCGCCCGGCUCUGGAAGGGGAAAAGGGGUAAAAACUUACCUUUUUCCAGCGCUGGGCGGGGAGCUCUUCUCCUCCGAUCCUCCCCAUCGGCUGAAUGCGCACGCGCGGCAAGAGCUGCGCGCGCAUUCAGCUGGUCGCAUAGGAAAGCAUUCAUAAUGCUUUCCUAUGGACGCUGGCGUGCUCUCACUGUGAAAAUCCCAGUGAGAAGCACGCAAGCGCCUCUAGCGGCUGUCAAUGAGACAGCUGCUAGAGGAAAUAGGGGAAGGCUUAACCCAUUCAUAAACAUAGCAGUUUCUCUGAAACUGCUAUGUUUAUGAAAAAAUCUGUUAACCCUAGCUGGACCUGGCACCCAGACCACUUCAUUAAGCUGAAGUGGUCUGGGUGCCUAGAGUGGUCCUUUAACAUAAAUGAGCAGUUACUGCUAUGUAGUUUAGUAUGUGUGUGGAUUGGGGUUACGUUGCAAUAGAUUACUGCAGUAUAGUGAAUGCUUGAACAUACAUGUCUGCAUGAGACACAAGGUAGGAGAUUCAAAUAGAAGAUACAUCAGACAUGUUCCUCAUGUGGUGUAUCUAGAACAGGGUGGGUGGUGUUAUGUGCCUCCAGAAGUCACGGCAUAUGUGGUCAAACUGAGCUUCAAAGCGCUCUCUCCAUGCCCGUGUCUCUAGGCUUUCUUGGAAUUGCAGGGAUUGGUGCUUGGCGGCCAUUUGGGACCGAUAUGUGUUCAGGGCGAGUGAUUUCAGGGUGUAAGACUGUGUUUCCCCAGCGUGGACCGGGAUCACCACCAUUGGAGAGAGCUACUGUUUGCGGUCCCCAUUGUGGGAGAUCGGCCGCCUCUCCCAGCCUCUAGACCGCUUUCCAUGUUAGGCCUCAUUUGUGGAGUAUUCUCUCCAGAUUUGCUACAGGCGUGUCCACGGGUCUCCACUCUGUUCAGCACUGCUGUGUUACCGAGCUGCUUUAGUCGCGUUUGUGGCAUACAUUUGCCAAUAUAAUGCUGCUUUUUUCCCAGAGCUCUCUGCAUGCACGUCUGGUUAGCUUGACUGUCAGGUCCCACCCCCUUCAAAUUGAUUUUUAAUCUACUUAACUUUGUUUUGUGUCAGGUUUUUUUUUUUUUUAAAUUAAUUUUAUCUGGAGUUUUGAUAUGAGUGCCCCAAAUAUUAUGAUCAUGUAUGUCAAAAUCAAGACUUUAGUAGCUGUUGGAACACAUAGGUUGCACUAACGGUGAUGGUCACUAGGUGAAGGAAAUGGCUGUUAAGCUUGAAGUCACUUCAGAUUUACCGGUCUGCAAGUUAUGCUUGACAACACUUGCUUGCAUACACAUAUAUACCUAUUCUCAAACGUUAAAAUGUGUGCCAUACCUCAUCUAACUAUCUCAAGUAGGACUUUAAAAAAACAAAACAAAAAAAACAACAUACUGGAGGGGGCUCUGACAAGCUGUAGGAAAGCAUUUUUAAGAGUUCUGGUACUUUUAGAUCAAUACAUGUGAGUAUAGAUCAGAAGAGCACAGUCUGUAUGUAAAUAUAGCAGAUAUAGUGUUUGGAAGGCCGCUAUACUAACCCCACACAAUGGAUGUUAGUGUGUAGCACGAAUCUAGCGUACUGCCUUCCUGAAAGGGUGUGACAGGACAUUAAGUAUGAUCACACAGGGAAGUAGUUGCUUGAUUUAAUGUCUAGGCUUGUGUAAACGGUCCCUUCAUGGGUGUGUGAGAUCUGUGUACAACCUCAAACCCACACACAAAUCAUAAGCUUAUUUUUAUAUAAUUGUACUGAAGGCCGAAUAACUCAAGUGUAUCAAACUGCAAAGCUAGUCACUCAGACACACCAGAGUUAAACUUGUUCAAAUGCAAAGGAUGAAAGCUACAACCUCUCUAAACACUAGAAAAAUCUUAUGGAGACUAUCUUCUGACAAACACGUGUUUUAUUUUAAUUUUUUUUUUUUUUCACCUCCUGUAGCUUUAUGUGAAAUUAGUUACCCAUCACUAGCAUAGGGAAUGCUAGUAUAACUGUACUCCUCUCUGCCACACCUACUAGUUGGGCACUGUUCCAUUUCUUUAAAAUGUCAAACUGUUUAUUAUGCCAGUCUGAUUAGAAAUGUGCAGGAUUACUUAAAAUCACCUAUCUUAUCAAAUAAAUAUGGUGAUUCAGUUGCACCAUAUGGCCAUAUUGUGUUAAGCCCACGAUUACAUCACAGUACCCCAAUAUCGGUGGGUCCUACACUACACGCUAACAUGCAAUACUUACUUGCAGUUUAAACUGCUUCAAGAGACUCCUCAAUUGAAGUUUUCCUGUGGUCCCCUCCAAAGGGGUGGGGUGCUCAGCUCGAUAGAAAUCUGGUCUGGGUUCCAAAUCUACACAGAAAAAAAUGGGAAUUGGGAGCACACCAGAACACAUUUUGGAGGUGACCACAGUAAAGCUUAAAUUGAGAAGUCACUUAAAGCAGUUUAAACUGUGUAAGUAUUGCACGCUCGCAUGUAGUGUAGGACCCACAGAUAUUUGGGUACUGUGAUGUAAUGGUGGGCUUAACACAAUAUGGCCAUAUGGUGGAACUGAAUCCCCGUAUUUAUUUACUAAGAUAGGUGAUUUGUAAGUAGCCUUGUUAAAUGUAAAACAGUAUUGUUUGUGUGUGCUGUACCUAUAACUGCAUUUUGUAUAUGUUUUGGUCUUUAGGGCAGCACCACUUCUUAGAAAUGCAUGUUCUGGAUUUGAUAUAGAGGUGUGUGUGUGUGUGUGUGUGUGUAUAUAUGUAUAUAUAUAUGUAUAAUAUAAUGUGUGUGUAUAUGUGUGUAUAUGUGUGUAUGUAUAUAUAUAUGUAUAUGUAUAUAUAUAUAUGUAUAUGUAUAUAUAUAUAUAUAUAUGUAUAUGUAUAUGUGUGUAUAUAUAUAUAUAUGUGUGUAUAUAUAUAUAUGUGUGUAUAUAUAUAUAUAUAUGUGUAUAUAUAUAUAUAUAUAUAUAUAUAUAUAUAUAUAUAUAUAUAUAUAUAUAUAUAUGUAUAUAUAUAUAUGUAUGUGUUGGGGGAGAGAUUAAAAGGAAACAUCCACCAUUAAAAUUAAGUGGAGCACUGUAUACAAAUACCCCUUAAUAUAGGGGUACCUAUAAAUAUAUAUAUAAAAUGGAGAGAGAAAGUUAUAAUGGUGAAGUAUGUUCAGUACUGUAUAGCAAAUAUAUAAAGAACAAACUCUCAAAGAGACAAGUGUUGGACUGGCUCAAAUCAUGACCACUUUGUUGUAUUAAGGUGACACUCUCCCUCCUCUUCUUUCUUUCUUCGUAUGCUCAAAGGAAAACACAGAGAAAUUGCUUCUAGUGUAGUAAGCCAGAUAUUAUGGAUGGAUGGGUGAAUAAACCAAAUAGUAAUUUGCUCACCUUAUCCAGAGCCAAUAUAAAUAACCUGGGUAGAAAAAACUUGUUGCCCACUAAAGGGGGGUAAACCUUCUUGUUGGGAGGUAGAUGGAGUCUGCAGCCAAUGGGACUUUAAAAAUCCAGUGGCUAAAUGUAUUAAAACUUAAAAAUACACCUAAAUCUACAAAACAAUAACGUGUCCUCAUAUAGAGCUUGCUUUAAGACGCGUUUGGCUCUUUCCACAGGCAUUCUCAAUCGAAGUAGUCAAAUUUCCUCCUUUUAAAUUCACGUCUAAAUUCACUUCAUAAUUCGUCAAAAAACAGUCAAUGGUGGCUAAAAAUAUAGCGGAAAAUAGAAAAUACAUACAGAUAAAGAACUGGAUCCUCGGCUUAUUAUAGCAGUAUAGUAACUUGGAAUAUAUUUAAUAUUGUAUAAGUAUUAACAAUGUGUUUUUUUAUAUAUAUAUAUAUAUAUAUAUAUAUAUAUAUAUAUAUAUAUAUAUAUAUAUAUAUAUAUAUAUAUAUAUAUAUAUAUAUAUAUAUAUAUAUAUAUAUAUAUAUAUAUAUAUGCGCACACACACACACACACACCUCCAACUUAUCAAACUGUAAAUAUACACAAGUCCCAGAAGAUCAAAGAAUAACAAUUCAAUUUUAUGUCAUUUCUAGAAUAAUCAAAUUAAAAUCAUAUAAGUGAUAGAACUCGAAAUCCCUAUUUAAUCCAUCAGGUAGAAGGGAAUUUAGGUUGAAGAUCCACCUCAUUUCUGACUUGCCCAUUGCAGUAAUAAGGUCCUCUCCCUUCCAAUUAGUUUCAAUUUUCUGAAUGCCCAAGAAUUGGAGUUGACUUGGCUAUGAAAGGCUAUGUUUAUCAAAUCCAAUUUUGAUGUUACGAAAGUGUUCUUGGAUCCUCACGUGUAGUGCCCUUGUGGUUCUAGCCACAUGUAAUUACAUAAAUAACUCUUUUUGUGUAACAUGUAAUUGGUUGUUUUAUGGGAAAAAUCUCUUCCAUUUUGUGUGUGUGUGUGUGUGUGUAUAUUCUUUAAUGUAAUGGAGUUAUUGUCUGUCUCCUACCAUACAAUACAUAAUAGGAAUUGAUGGUGAUUGGCUGAGCAUGCUUUGUCUUCCAUUACGUUCCAGGCACCGUAAUCUCUACAAGCUAUUAGUGUUGAUACUGCGUCCAGCAUCCAUUUAAUUGCAGACUUAACUACAAUGUUGAGUUCUGCUCACAUGUAGGUGGUGUUAUCACUAUACCAAAAUAUAUUGGGAAAAGGCACACUUUACGAAUAAGUAGACUUGGAUGUAAAGUUGACUAGAUCCUGUCUGAACCUGCAAGACUUGCUAAUUCACAAAAAAACACAAGAACACUGAUGGACAGUUUGGGAUUUUUGGUAUAUUAUGGAAUAUAUAUAUAUAUAUAUAUAUAUAUAUAUAUAUAUAUAUAUAUAAUGCAUUAUGAAAAAUGGGAAUCUACUUCAUAUGAAAAUUAAAGUUUCUAAAUUUUUGUUUUGUGAUUUUUAUUUUUUAUUUUUUUCUCCUCCCUCUUUUAUUAAAUCCCCUGUGCUUCUAUUUCAGAAAGAAAAAAAGUUUACAAAGUUGGUAAUGGAUAAAGUUCAAAGUGGCUACUUGCAUUCGUUACAAGACAUUGGGGAGCUGUUGAAAAAAAGACUAGAAACCAUGAAGAAACUCAAAAUCUAGAAUGUGAACGUGGGAAGAACCGUUUGCCUAUUAUGAGAAGAUCUUGGCAACUAUCUUAUUCUUUAAUCCAGAACUUCCUGAGAAAAUGCAUGAAGGACUUAAAUCAUUCUCUUGGGGGUUAUUUUAUUUUCUUCUUCCCCCUAGUUGUUUAAAUAUACAGGUGAUUUAAAUUAUUGUACAUAAACUAGAAUCAGAACCCACCACCUGGACAUCACCACUUUUUAUACAUUCAGACACCUGCAGCAAACGCAAAUCUAUUUCAUGCCUCUUGCUCAACCAUGGAAGCUCUGUAGAUGUAGCUGUAUAAAUCUGCUUGAGUCUUGGAGUUUAUCAAUUUGAUCCACCUCCUUUUCCCAAAAAAAGAAACUUAACAAUACAUGUAUUUAUACAUUUUUUUUUUUUUUUCUUGGGGGUCCCUCUUAUUUUUGGAUUGAAUUUUAACUUUUUUGAAAUGUGACUGUUUCCAGACCUGAUAAUGAAAUUGGACUUUAGGUUGUAAGUCCUCUUGCACUUAAAUGAUUUAAAUGUGUGAAGUUAUACCAGCUGGAGUCUAAGCCCAAGAUAGACCACAGAUUUAUGUAUUUCAGCAAUCGCAAUGAAAUUGAUAUUUAAUAUCAAGUCACCAGGAAGAAAAAUGGAUGCUAUAACUUGUAUUGAAAUGCAGAAUAGAUAGGAUGUUAUGCAUAAGCCUGAAGCCACUUUGUCGCACCAUGUCUCUGUUCUUGAAAUUCUAUAAUUAUCCAGGUGCUUUACCCAAUAACCUUAUCCUGCGCUGCUGUUUCUAGGAAUCCUACUGUAUUAAUAUAAAUUAGGCUGGCAAAUCUGCUUCCACGUGGUGGUGGCAUGCUAAAAUUUUUUUUUUUUUAAUACUUAUUUAUGCAAGUCUACCACCGUUAAAGCUCUGGAAUCUAUAGACCUCUCUGAAACCAGUUGAACCUAUGUGUAAAUGAAUGCAAAACUUCAGCCCUACAUGUGGUUAAAAUUAACCAGCAGACACAUUUUUAGUCCGGAUGCCAGUGUUUCAGAUUCCUAAUCCUUCACUUUGACUUCAGAAGUUCCAUGUGAAGAUUCAGAGAUUCUGAUAAAGGAGCAUUCGUAUCCUGCAUAAACAUUUUUGUUAGUAAUGCUAGGUUGUUGACAAAGGUAUUUUUAAAAUAAAAUUCUGUGUAAUAAACUUACUUUUGGCUUUCUUUAAAUUUUUUUUUUUUUUUAUAUCCAUACAUCCAUUUUGUGCCUUAACUAUUACUAAGUUGUCCAUGAGUACAGGGUAAAUUAAUUUGGCAUUUGUCAAGUCAGUAUUCCUAUUUAAAGCUAUGAUUUUUAGAAUUUAAUGUCUUUUCUUUUGAGCACAAAUAUGCUGCAUGUUGGUGAUGCCAUGAACAUUUUUACUAUUCUAUUUUCGCUUAGUUUAAUUAUAUGCUUAUACACACCACUUACAGUAUUUGACUUUUUUUUUUUAAAUUCUUUUAUCGUGCAUGAAACAGUGUAUUGGUCACCAUUUAGAGACCUUUGUUUCUCAUAAUAUAACAUUGUACCUUUUUAUAUUUCAAAGUAGAUUUAUCAAGAGUGGAACCAACAUAUCAGUUAAGAGAUAAGACAGGCGGGUUAUUAAUUUAGCAUAAACAAGCUGACAGUAUUGAGGUAUUGUGGGGCCGCAUGCUUAUCUGAAACUUGUCUUGUCUGUGCGCUGCAUAAAAGAACAAGACUAAACAAUUUGCUGAAACUGCAC